UUUAUAUAUUAUUAUUUAACAUUUUCGUCAGAAUUAAUUAGUUCGUUUAACUUUGAGUCAUCGGCCACCGGGAGGUGCGCACGCAACGAGCGGAUGUUUAAACACCAACGAAGAAGAAGGAGCCGGAAGGAGAGUGGCGGAAUCAUGGCGGAGCCGGAGUCACAGAAGGUCAUCAAGCUGGUCCCAGAGUUUCUCCUGAAGAAGAGGAAAGCCUACCAGGCCAUCAAAGCCACCCAGGCCAAGCUCGCGUUGCUGGAGAAGAGGAAGGUAGCAAGAGGGAAACCGGUAAACUUCAAGCGUCUGGAGGAUUUCCUGAAAGAUGGACACCGGAAGCAUCGAGACGAGACGCGGAUCCGGAGGGCUGAACACCGGCCGCCGCCUCCGCUGCCCCCGGCGGGCAACAAGCUGGCCUUCGCCGUCCGGAUCAGAGAGAUCAAAGGCGUCAGCCCCAAAGUCAGGAAGGUGGUCCAGAUGAUGAGGCUGAGGAAGAUCUUCAGCGGAGCCUUCGUCAAGAUCAACAAGGCGUCUGUGGCCAUGAUGAAGGUGGUGGAGCCGUACGUGGCGUGGGGGUUCCCUAACCUGAAGUCGGUCCGUGAGCUCAUCCUGAAGAGAGGUCAGACCCGGGUCGGCAGGCGGAGGGUUCCUCUGACGGACAACGCGCUGAUCGAGCAGCACAUGGGUAAACACGGUAUCAUCUGUCUGGAGGAUCUGAUCCAUGAGAUCUUCUCCGUGGGGCGGAGCUUCCAGCCGGCCAACAACUUCCUGCUGCCCUUCCGCCUGUCGGUUCCUCGCCACGCUGCGCGGGACAAAGCCGGGCUCCUGAAGGACCUGGGGGCGCCAGGUUUCCGUGGUGCCGACAUCAACGCCAUCGUCAGACUGUUGAACUGAUCUGCAGCUUCUGCUGCUGCUUUACCCACCGGAUCACACCCACAAACUGUCCUGGAGGGGGCGCCGUGCACGUGUGUACGGCGGGGGAGGGGGGACCUCCAUGAACAUUUCUAAAGGGAGACGACUAAAUAAAGGUUUUCUACUCGAUGAACAGCAGGUUU